AUGGCCUCGACCGCUACCGCGACCGCCCAACCCUCCACUUUAGCAAACGGCUACAGCAAUGGCACAACCCACGAGGAAGAGAAGGUUCUGCCGCCGGAACUGGAGCAUUGGGCGCACACAUAUGUCCCGAUGGGCACGUUGCUCGAGCGCAUGGCGCAGCAAUGCUAUUUUGACCUGGGCGAGGUCAUUGAGCAAAUGGCAGAUCUCAACAUUGGCACACCACAGACGAAUGGCGCAACCACUGCCGCCCCUGACGUGUCAAAAGCGAGUAUCGACAAGAAAUUGCGACUUAUGAAUUUUGCAAAUACUCAACAAGCUCGCUUCAUCAAGGCUUUGGUCCUGUCAGACUGGGCGCGCAACAUGGGCGACAUGAACAAACUGAUCGAGUUGCGUAUGUGGUUGACUCAGCAGGAUGAAGCUUCAACCCAAGUCGGAGAUGCCAUUAUGCAGAUGAAACACAACAUGAUUGGUGCCAAAAUGCCAAACCCAAACAUACAAGGAGCCCUGGAACUCUUGUCCACGUCCAAAGCGCCAUGGCUGCCCGAUCUAGGUUACAUUGCACCAAAACCUCUAUCUGCUCAGAAACUACUCAAAACUCUCCGAGACAUGAACUUUGUUCUCUCCGUGCGACUCAACCUACACGAGCAACUACCUUCGCAUUUCUGCAACUACUCGAUAGCUAAUGGACGUGCUACUUUUGUUGUCCCCAAUGAGUUUGAGCUUGAUCUGGCCGUCACUGACGAAGACACGACAUCUCCAUUCUACUUCAUCGAUAUCCGGUUCCUGUUCUCUGAUGCUCCAUCUCUGGCAGAUGGUCCCGCCCGCGCACACCUGGAGGGAAAGGUUAAUCAAUUACUCCAAGCUGAAGGUCUCAACGCCGCUUACGGUUUUCUGCAUGGAUUUGUGUUAACGCAUAAGAUUACUCUGCUUCGGAUACAGGCUACGGACUUGGCGCGCACAAGGUGGACUGAAUGCCUAAACAUCGAACCCGUUCAUCGAUCGCUCGUUAUUCAAUACUGGACCGGCCAGCCUGGAGGAAAGAAUUGGAUCGAGAUUGGAGUUAUAAAAGGUCACAAUGCACAAGAUUCAGACCGGCCACAUACACCCGCACGGCUGAAUGUCCGCUGGUUCAGAGCUGGAAAGGAAGUUCCUGAUGCAAGAUUCGAUAUUGACCCAGCCAAUCCCUCGAUGGAGUAUAUUCUAAAUCAGGUCACUGCAGCGCACAUGACGGUUCGCCUUGAAACCAUCAAAAGCCAGCUUCUGGCCAUAUCUCCAACAAGCUCUGCUCUGGACACCAAGGUCAAAGUCUCAUCAACAGAUCCGAAUGCCUGCGCCUUAACCAUGAAGCUCGGAGAAAACUGCCUGGAGACCACUCUACGGAUCAUACCCGUUAAUGGCAACAUCUCCAUCUCUCCCGUGUCUGCUGCCUCAAUAGACGUUGAGGGACGACUCAACUCCGACCCCACAAUCGAUGCUGCGCAGAUCUUGUCUUACCUGAAUUGCAAACUCAUUCAAGACCAAAUAACACGAAAAGCUUUGCAAGGCGGCUGGCUUUUGAUGCCAACUACUCAACAAGGAGAUGCCAACAAGAUUUUUGCCGAACAAAUUAUUCGCCGCACAAUAUUCACUCGCUACGGCUGGGGCGAGGAUUGGGCAAUUUGUCUGACAAUCAGCUUGCAAGGUGUGAAAUGGUGGAUCGUCCGUCUGGCGUCGACCUCACCAACCUCUCGCAUAAUCAACACAGCAGAAACUCUGUCUAUUCCCGCGUCUACGAAAUCCUUCGAUCGCCAUACACUCAUGCUCAUCGAAUCUCGCGCUGUAGCGCAAGUUUCGCUCAGCAAUAUAUCUUCGCAACUCCGACAAGGAAAGAUAAGCCACGAGAUCAGACAUGUAUCUCCAGCCACUUCACAAAACAAUCCUACAGCCUCACCACUAUCCUCAUCAACAACUACAGCAGUCAUCGGCAUCAAGUUUGAAGACUGCAUGCAACCUUCUUCCUUGCCUGAGCGCAAACUCUGGAAACCUUGGUGUGGCAGUACCAUGAUCUUAACGCAUCAUGGUGUUGAUGAAACUGCAAAAGAUGCAGUCAAGGUUGUUCAUGUUCUCAAAACGAAUCUGACCCCUCAAACAGCGGAGAUUCUUGCACCCUUGGCAGGCAAAGGAACUCCAAGUCAGGAUAUUGUAUUUGCCGCCAAUGGCAUACUGGCCCUACAAUUACGCACACAUUUCGGCAUCGAUCUCCUUGCUGCAGUGAAAAGCAAAUUGCGACGCAUCGAGCGGUUAGCAAGUUGUCUUGCUGCCAUCACAAAACGUAGUUUCACAGUCGAGAAAGUGGCGGUGACUGGAUUGGUGUUCCGUUACUCUACGGCUCCUCAAGUGCUCAAAGCAGGCAUCCUAUUCUCCGACGACGCAACGCAGCCAAUGCAAUUGCGCUUUGCGACCGAAGAUGCAACAAAUCCGCAUCGACGAGUGCAGCCCCUCCUUCAAAAUCUCCUUCUCGCACCUCCUGGCACUUCCUCUAUGCUUGAAGAAAAGUCUAGAGUGGAAAGGCUGUUCGACACACUAUACACAACCACACCACUUCUUUCCGCUUGCGCUGCCAUCGAAGCCAAAGACCCAGCCGCAAAAUCUUCGCGUUUUGCUAUCAGAACCUUGACACAUUUACGGAUAGUCUAUUCAUCUCCUCUACCCUCAUUGACCCUCAACAUCGAAGCCACGAGAAAAGAAGGCAAGAGUCUUUGGAGCUUUACCAUACUCAAGGACUCUACAGCUGAGUAUGACAAGUCUUUGGAUCUGCUUCAACAAGCGUGGCAAAACAAAGAGCUUGAAGGGGUCAAAGGGUUUAGGACUGGCGUUGUGGUUGAAGUGCAAGCUGUGGAGGACAUUUUAUUGGGUUUUGAUGCUGUGGUUAGAGCACAAGGUGGUGGUGAUGGCCAUGAAGUUGUUGUCCUGGAUUAG